UACAGAAUUGGGCUGUGCCGAUUUAUGGAUUUUUAAUGUUUUAUGAAUUAAACCAAGAAACAUUAUUAUAAGGAGUAGUAUAUAAAACCAUACAAAAUGAACACGCUCGAUAAGCAACUGGCUGAUCUACGUAUUUAUGCGAACGAGCUAGAUGCUAAAUUGCAAGAUGAUAUAAAUACAGCGAAAAGAAAACCUUCCAUACCGCCCAAGAAAUCUAAACCACCACUGCCACAAAUACCUCAAAGCUACAGCGUAAAGUCUGCUUGCGAACCGUCCUAUUCAUCAAGACUAGAAUCAGGGAGUCGCACGAGCUCCACCUAUUCAAACCUAGUGCCCGUCAAAAGUUGUAUCGUACGAAAUUCCGCAAGAGGUAGAAGCGGAGAUGUGCUUCUCUAUAGCAAUUUGGUUCCUCCUGGAGGCACUAGUCAUGUAUACACGAAUGUUCCAAUGCAGCGGCCGAUGGAGAACUUUUAUGAUAGAGAUGCAGUGUCCGAAGUGUCUCGUAUCAGUGAUUUGGGUAUACAGUCGAAUUAUAGUGAACUACGGCGUCCUGGAUCUGCUUAUCCGCCUUCGUCAGCAUCCGUGAACGCCCAAGAUUUCUCCACGUAUGGUGGAUCUCAGGCAUCAUCUACUUACGAGUCAUUGUAUGAGCCCAUAAACCCUCGUCCUUGUAGUCAAUUAUCUGGAACCUCCUUAUAUGGGGGCUAUGUUGGGACUACAAUCGAAUCCACCCCUGAACCAGAUGAUGCGCUAUAUUGUGGCAAUUGCUACAGAUGUGGUGAAAAAAUUUUGGGUGAAACAACAGGAUGUACUGCUAUGGAGAGGAUUUAUCAUAUUAAAUGUUUUUGCUGCCAACAGUGUGGGAUUAACUUACAGGGCCGACCAUUUUAUGCCGUACAAGGAAAAGCAUUAUGUGAGAGGGAUUAUUUAGAAACAUUAGAAAAAUGCUGUGUCUGCAGUGAUCCAAUCUUGGACCGCAUACUUAGAGCUACGGGAAAGCCAUACCAUCCUAGAUGUUUUACCUGUGUUGUCUGUCAGAAAAGCCUGGAUGGUAUACCCUUUACAGUAGAUGCUGUCAAUCGUAUACAUUGUAUUGAAGAUUUUCAUAAAAGGUAUGCUCCUCGCUGUGCUCGUUGUAGGGAACCAAUUGUACCAGAAGGUGGUGCUGAAGAAACUGUGAGAAUUGUUGCUUUAGAUAAAAGUUUUCAUAUAGCUUGCUAUGCUUGUGAAGAUUGUGGAGCAUCCCUCUGCUCAAGAGAAGAGGGCAGAGGCUGCUACCCACUCGAUGAUCAUUUGUAUUGUAAAGAGUGCAAUGCAAGGCGUAUUCAAGACCUUUCACGAAAUAUAAAUUAAUUGGUACAAGUUAAAGAUUAUCUUAAUGUUGCUACUUAAAAUAAUCAAUAUUUUAUUUCGAAAUUAUAUCUGUGUUAACUAAAGCUGGCAUGUUCACAGUGUUCACAGUAUUCACACUAAUACAAUUUCUCUAUGUAGGAUUUUUAACAAAUGUGUUUAAAUGAAAGGACAUCUCUGAUGAUGAUAAAUAAGUCUAAUAAUUGACUAGCAACUAGCAAAAGUAUGUUAUAUUUUUUAGCAAAUAGUCAAAACAAUAACUCUCUCUUUCAUACUCAUAAGUCUGUCUCCGCGCGACAGAGACGGAUUGACAUUUGAGUUUUUUCACAGACUGUACACAAUAUGUAUAGUGUUGAACGUGUCAGCUUUCGAUACCAGACUUUAUACUCAAUGAACUUGCCUAUACGAUAUCCCUAUACAAUAUCCUGAUUAAUUUUAAAAAUAAAUUAUGACAAAAAAAAAUGAUACCUAAGCAAACUUCACUAAGAAUCUUUUUUUAAUUAAUAAGGCUGGACUAUCUAGUGAUAUUGCCCGAUACCAUAUAGCUGUUUGGUAAAAUUAUUAAGGAUAAGCAUGCUUUCAAAUAGGUUUUUUAAAGUCAGUAUUAUAUGAUUAAUAAUAGAAAGUAUUAUAUUUGCAAAUGUGUGCAUCUAUACAAUAACCUUAAUAUUAUUACGUGACUACAUUUGAAAAAACAAAAAAUAAUACAUUCCGCAUUGCAUUUAAAUAUAAUAGAAUAUUUGUAAGGCUGUGUAGAAUUUUUACAGUAUUAUAUGCAAAGGAUUUUAUGAGUGAUUUUAGAAUUAUUGUUUCGGUAGGAUUAAGAAUAUACACAUUAUUGUAUAGAAAUAAAAAUAUUAUGUAUCUUUUUGUAUUUUAAUACUAGAGUAUAUUUAUGCUUUCAUAGACAUUUAAACAUUUGCAGCUAAAAUAAUUGUACAAUAUAUGUUGUGUAAUAAAUUAACAAGACAUCAUAUAAAUAUUGUAUUUUAAAUUACUAUGAACUUUAUUAUGCCAUAUAUACUUGACUUUCAAUAUGGUUAGGUUACUCUUUAAAUGUGCCAUUGUGUGUUAGUUAAAUUUGAUUCUUGGUUGUGUAUUUUUUUUAAUCUAUGAAUUAAUUUUUCAA